AUGACGAACAUCCUAAUUUCCGGUACCAACAAGGGAAUUGGUCGUGCGAUGGUUGAGAGAUACCUGACCCGUGAAAAUGUGACUGUGAUCGCGAGUGUUCGCAACCCGAACUCACCUGAAUCAGUCUCAUUGUCUCGCCUGCCGACUGGAAACGGAAGCCGAGUGAUUAUAGUUAAGAUCGAUGCCACCUCCGACACUGAUGCUAAAGAAGCUGUCAACUUCUUGGUGAGCCAGGGUAUCUCAUCCUUGGACAUUGUUAUUGCAAAUGCAGGAACCUUUCCCACAGCCGAGUUCACGACCGUGGCUGAUGCAAAUAUCACGGACAUUCAACACAGUCUAGAUGUGAACACUGUCGGACCUGUUCGUCUAUUCCAGGCAACUUUACCCUUGUUGCUGAAGUCUCCAUCACCUCGAUUCAUCUUGAUCAGUAGUUUGAUGGGUACCAUUACUGGUAUCAAGGAUAUUCCAUUGAAGGUCGCCGCUUAUGGUGCCAGUAAAGCUGCAGCCAACUUCUUUGUUCGCAAGAUCAAUUAUGAGCAGGAGAAGAUUGCUACUUUGGCUAUUCAUCCCGGAGCUGUGAAGACUGUCUCUGGGAAUGACGCGGCCCGUGCUGCAGGUUAUCCUAGCGCAUUCGUUGAAGUUGAGGAUAGUGUGAAUGCACUGAUCCCUAAGAUUGAUGGACUGACCAAGGAAAAUGGUGCAGGAGAGUUCUGGAGUUUCGAUGAUACAACCAUCGCCUGGUGA